AUGACUACCAAAACUUCCGCAAUCACUAAUCGAUCAAAUAAUUCCAAGAGUCCUUCAUAUAAUAUAAAAACACGUGGAACACAUGCCCGAGUACAGAGAGUGAAAGUCACUACGGUUGGGAAACCUACUAAUUCAUUGGAAAAGCAGCAACAUAGAAAUUGUUUGAGAUGUAAAGAAAGUGACAUUAGUGUUAAAACUUUAACGGAGCGUGUGGGAAGAAUAGAGAAUUUAGUUAAUGCACUCUCUAAAACUACCCAAAAUCUUUUCAAG